AUGGACAAGGUUCAAUUUCAGCUCGAAUCUACCCUCCCGGAGCUCAAGGACCUCCACGAGAAAGGUCUCUUCACCAAGAACGAGAUCAACGAGAUCACUAGAAGAAGGACAGCAUUUGAAAGUGCCCUCAUCAGGAGAAUUCAGAGAAAGGAAGAUUUCUUCAGAUAUGCCCAGUACGAGAUCAAUCUUGAACGGUUGCGCCGUGUCCGAUGGCGAAAGUUGCGCUACCACAUCAACCCCCCUCCUCCCUCCGCUUCCACCUACUCUAUCCAAAGAAGAACACUCUACAUUCUCAAGCGGGCUACGAGCAAGUUCCCCCAAGACCUGUCUGUCUGGUUGACAUAUAUCCAAUAUGCGAGUCGGGAAGGUAUGAGGAAGGUUGUUGGACAAGGCAUUCUUGUUAGGGCAAUGCAAUUCCACCCCACAUCUUCAACCCUCUAUCUUCUCCAAGCAUACUACCACCUCCACCCGGCUUCUCCUUUCCCCGACUCCAUCCUCCCCUCUUCCUCCAAAUCACCCCUUUCACUCGAAGAACAGGAUCCCGACGACGUCCCCAUCUUUGCCAUUGAAGGCAUCUCCCCCGCGCGAACAGCGCUCCUCAUGGGCCUGCGUCUCGUCCCGGCGUCACCAGAAAUAUGGACCGAGUACGUUAAGAUCGAGUUGGGUUGGGUGGAAGCUUUGAGGAGGAGAUGGAAGGUGCUCGGUAUCAACGAUAUCAACAGCAAGGGAAAGCAGGUGGAAGAACCAGAGUUUGAGGGCGACAUUGACGCCCUCCGAGGUGGUGAAGGAGCGUUCGGAGAGGAAGGAGAGGAAGCGAGGAAGCAAAUCCUUUCGGGACAAUUGGUCAUCCACGCUCUUACCUCGGCACUGAAAGCGAUCAAGCCUGAAGCUGUCAUUGAAGGAAAGAAGGUCGGGGGUAUGUGGUAUCGCCAGACUCUGCUGGAUCUCUUCAGAGGAUACCCCAGUCCUCUGAGAGCCAAGUGUCUGGGGGUGGUAUACAAUGAGCUGGAGGAGAUUGCUACUUCCGUGUCGGAGGCGGCUUCUCAAGCUCGUUUGUUGUCCAUCUCCAGGAGACUCUUUGAAAAGCCAUACGCGGAAGGGGAAGAGCCUGUCAAGGAAGGCGAGUAUGUCCUCUCCGGCGUCGAGCUCGUAGAAGAGUUUGGCAAGAUUGGAAAGAAUAUUCGCAAAUCUGCGAAAGGCGCUCAGAGUCAACAGUGGAUAGAAGUCGCUGGAGAGUGGCUGAUUGGGCGUAUUGAGAAGCAUGGAGAUUACCCUGAACUUAGAGACUAUCUCCUCUCACUCGCUGGCAGCCUCACAAAAUCGUCUCUCCACCCUCCAGCUUCAUACCUCAUCGCCCAUCUCCAUCUUCUCUCCUCCCUCUCCUCCCCCGAACUCCUCCCCACCGCCCGCGCCCACUCCGCUCAAUAUCCCGCGAACGCCACCAUUCAGUCCGUCCGUCUUUCUUCCGAGCUUUCCUCUGCCUCUGCCGACAACAAUGAUGAGACAAGAAAGAUGUGCGAAACUGUCGCGCGUUCUGUGAUCCUGAGCGAAGACAAGGAGGGUGUGUUGGCUAUCUGGAAAACGUGGGCGAGCUGGGAGAACGACGUUUCGUCUCCCGAGCAGCUCGAAAAGAGGUGGGAGUACAUCUUGAAGCUGUCUUUGAAGAUUGGCUCGACAGUCGUGGGAUUGCAUGACCAGCUAUUGCCGGCAUACAUCCUCUCGCUUUACGAGAACACUAGCCAGGGGCUCGAUGUCAUCUCCAAGAGCGUUUUGGGGAGGUACAGGCCUUCCCCGAUGAUCUUUGCCCAGGUCUUUGAAGCCCUCAAGUCGAGUGAAAGAUCUCCCUCUCCUCAAGAGAUGCAGGGAUUCUUCCAGAGCUGGAAAGCCCUCACCCGCUCUCCCACCGACCUCUUUGAAGUUUCCGCGGCCCACUUGACGUAUCUCGUUGAGACGGGUAAAGGGGCGGAAGGGUACAAACUGUAUCAGACAGCGAGGAGAGAAGUUGGGGAGGGGUUGGAGGGACAGUUGGAAAGUGUUUGGGUAGGUAUUUUGGAGAAGGCCAAAGAGGAAGAGGAGGGUUCUAGUGGAAGCGGGAGUGAAAGUGAGAGCGGAGAUGAGGAUGAGGAGAUGAGCGAGGCGUAG